UCUCUCUCUCUCUCUCUCUCUCUCUCUCUCUCUCUCUCUCUCUCUUUCUGUAUCUCACACACACACACACACACACACACAAACACACGCACGCACGCACACACAUUCCUUUCCAGUCACUCUGAGGGGCAGGCACAGAGCAUGCUAGAAGCCUAAAGCAAAGAAUCCUGCACAGUCGCUUGGUCACAGACAGAACUGAGUUAGCAGAACAUGAGAGAGAGAGAGAGAGUGAGCACACCAGGGGAGGUCUGACGGCACAGUUCAUACUCUGCAUGCGUGCUGCAUCUCUUUUAUGGACGCCUGGCUUCAGAACCUCAACCACACAGUGUCUAUGUAAUAGCUGUCAAUGCAUACCACGUGCACAAAACCUUUCAAGACACUGCGUUUUUCUUCAAGAGGACACACUGGACAAGAGUUCUACACUUUACAAGUGUAAGGAUACAACCAGACCAGCAAUGUUCUCAACAGGUUCUUUCCCAAGGAGGUCCCAUAUGGACACUGCAUAUCUUGAACCACUGGACACUCUAACAGCCUUCUGAUUCAGGACUAGUUAAAGCGACAAGAUAUAUCCACAGGAAUCCUUUAAAAUCUGCUUGACAGCUCUGUAUCCCUGAUCUACUCCUUGGUGCUGACAUGCUCUGGUGGACACUUGCCUAUCGCUCCCUGUGUUUAGCAGCUCUGCUGGUGGUGGCCAGUUGUAUUGGGAGUGAGCAAAAGAGAGCAGGAGAUGAAGGAUCACGGAGCACCUCUGGGAGGACCAGCACCACGGGCAGCAGCACUGGAGGUUCCUCUAGCCGCAGAUACCACCGGCUCCAGCAUGGCCAAUGUACCUAUACCUUCAUCCUCCCAGAAGGCGACGGAAAUGCAGGUGCGUCCUGCCGUGAGACGAAAGCAGGCACUCAGUACAAUGCUAACUCACUUCAGAGAGAUGCUCCUCCACCUGAACCUGACUACUCGAACCAGAAGAUUCAGCAGUUGGAGCACGUCAUGGAGAACUACACACAGUGGUUACAGAAGAUUGAGAACUACAUCAAAGAGAGCAUGAAGGCAGAGAUGGCACAGUUACAGCAAAGCGCAGUCCACAAUCGCACGGCAGCCAUGCUGGAAAUGGGAACCAAUCUUCUCUCCCAGACAGCCGAACAGACCCGCAAGCUUACUGAUGUUGAAACACAGGUUUUGAAUCAGACAUCCAGGCUGGAGAUUCAGCUGCUGGAGAACUCACUGUCCACGAACAAGCUGGAGAAGCAGCUCAUGGUACAGACCAAUGAGAUCAGUAAGCUCCACGAUAAGAAUGGGUUUCUGGAGCUGAAGAUGCAGGAAAUGGAGUCGAGGCACAGGGAAGAGCUGGAAGUGCUGAGGGAGGAAAAGAGCAAUCUACAGGCACUUGUGAUCAGGCAGAGUGGUGUGAUCCUUGAGCUGGAGGCCCAGCUGGGCAAAGCCUCAGGCAACAGCACAGUGCUGCAGAAGCAACAGCAGGACCUGAUGGACACCGUGCACAGCCUUCUCAACCUCUGCUCCAAGGACGGAGUGGUGCCCAACAGCACAAAACAAGCCGACGAGGAGAAGAAAUUCCGAGACUGCGCUGAUCUCUAUGAAGCAGGCUUCCAGAAAAAUGGAGUAUAUACCAUCAACAUUAGUCCGCAAGAAACGAAAAAGGUAUACUGUAAUAUGGAAACUGCUGGGGGAGGCUGGACGGUAAUCCAACGCCGAGAGGAUGGUAGUGUUGACUUUCAGAGGACAUGGAAAGAGUACAAGAUGGGCUUUGGGAGUGUGUCAGCUGAGCACUGGCUGGGGAAUGAGUUCGUGUACAUGCUGACCAGCCAGAGACAGUACGCCCUCCGCGUGGAGCUCACUGACUGGGAUGGACAUCAGGCCUUCUCCCAGUAUGACCGCUUUCACAUCGGCAGCGAGAAAAACAAGUACAGAUUGUCCUUAAAGAGCCACAGUGGGACAGCAGGCAGGCAGAGCAGCCUGGUGAUCCAUGGAGCAGACUUCAGCACCAAAGACAUGGACAAUGACAACUGCAUGUGCAAGUGCGCUCUGAUGUUGACUGGAGGAUGGUGGUUUGAUGCCUGUGGCCCGUCGAACCUGAACGGGAUGUAUUACACCCAGGGACAACAUGUUGGUAAACUCAAUGGCAUCAAGUGGCACUAUUUCAAAGGGCCAAGUUAUUCUCUCCGUGCAACUGCCAUGAUGAUCCGACCUCUGGACUUUUCAUAGACCUUCCCACUGUGUAGGUGGGAACAUCGUUAAAAAUGGCUACAUUUGAAGCGAUGAUUCAUUAUAACGGGACACCUUAUAAGUGGUUUGGUACGCCACAUGUACUGUAUGAUACAUGGAUUGUGUGACACUCAUUUGCAAUAAUCCACCUUUUAUGGGAAAAAAGGGCUUCAGAGAAGAGAAGCAGCUUCUAUUAUUAUCACAGGAGAUGAUGAACUCUCUGGGGAAUUACGAGAGCAUUCUUGGCUGGCUUUUAUUUUUAUAUAUCAGAGAUAUGAACUCGAGUGCCAUUGCUGGGUCACUGUCAGCUGCUGAGGUGGGCAAAUCACCUUUGAUAGGAACAGACUGGAUGAUACUGCACACGUGUAAGCCUGUGGCUCAUUUGAUACCCGAAUAAACUUGCAGCAGCUGGAAAGAUUUGCGAAAACCAAAAGUGAGCCAUUGACUUGAAGUUUUUGUACAAACAGUGUUGUUACCACUGACCCAUAUUACAUUGUAUUAUUACAUGUUUUGUACCGACACACGUUUUUUGUUUUUUUUUUUGUAUAUGAUUCUUGUCAAAACU